AUGGCGCAAGGACCUUCGAUUGUCGUUGGGGUGGAUUUCGGGACAACCUUCAGAUCAGCCGAUGAGGUCGAGGUGUUGUCCACCUGGCCUGGCACCUCGAUGAAAGUACCCUCAACUAUAUCCUAUGGAACCCGAGCCACCAGCUGGGGCUAUCAAGUUGGCCCAUUCAUGGAAGCCCUCAGCGGCCUCAAGCUCCUUCUCGACGAGGAACAGGAGACAACCUACCCACCGUCCCUCUGCUCGAAGAAAUUGCUCGCUAUUCUUGACAAGGAUGCCGUCCAUGUGACAGCGGACUACUUGAGACAACUUAUCAGAUACGCCCAGGGCGUCCUGGAGCGUCGUCUGGGGAUAGCUGCGAGUGCUAUGAGUUUUCAAUUCAUUCUCACUGUACCAGCUGUUUGGGAUCUUCCUCAGGACGUCUCGCUCGUGUCGGAGCCCGAGGCUGCUGCCCUUUACUCAUUACGCACCAUCCAACCUAGCUCAAUUGCUAAAAAUGAUGUGUUUGUUAUUUGUGAUGCCGGCAGUGGCACAGUGGAUCUUAUCUCAUACCAGAUUCAAGGUUUAGAGCCGCUUGUAGUGAGGGAAAUUGUAAAGAGAGCAGGCCGUAUCUGCGGGUCAAUGUUGUUGGAUGAAAGCUUCGAAAGGAUGCUUGAGGAAAGACUGGGACCCACAGGUUACGAUGCAUUAUCCGAUAAAGCUAAAGACACUGCAUUAAACUAUUGGCAAGAUCGAGUCAAGCCUAACUUCGCAGGGAAGUACGACGAGGACUUCGACGACGUUGACUAUUUUAUUCCAGUUCCAGGAGCGCUUGACGACCGCCUAGCAUUGGUUGAAGAUGGGUUUCUUUACCUCACCAGUGAGGAUGUAACAAGUAUUUUUGAACCCAUCGUCAAAGAGGUAGAAUCUCUUUCAAUUAUCCUUGUUCGGGGUUUUGGUGCCUCUAUGUUCCUUUUCCAUCGCUUACAAGAAGCAAACCCUAGUGUGCUUGUCAUGCAGCCACCUGACGCCGGUGCUGUACAUCGAGGACUCGACGGUAACCAGGUAGAAAGUCGCAUUGCCCGCCGCCACUACGGCGUCAGAUGUCAGAGCCCUUAUGUCGCGGGCCAACACAAUCCCAACGAUAUGGUAUGGUGCCACUUGAACGUAGAGUAUAAAGUCCAUAACUGUAUGAAUUGGUAUAUAAAGAAGACCAUGCGGCUAUGCACCGUGGAAGCAGAUCUCAGCCGGAUUCCUAGGGAGCUCUUUGUUAAGAAGUGCAAUUCCAAGGGCGUCGAGUACUAUGAGGUUCAUUACGAUUUAGUCAUGAUUCCUACAUCUGCUUCUCUGUUGUUCGAGCUGGAAUUCAACAGGGUGCGCUACGGCAGUGUUCGCUCAAAAUACUGA